AUGACGGCACAAGUUGCCGGUAUAUGCAACCGCCCGAAUAAUCGGCAAUGCUGGUCUCCGGGUUUCGACAUCAACACCAACUACAUGAAAAAGACGCCAAACGGCCAAGUCCGGAAGUAUUGGUGGACCAUUGAGCAGGCUUACAACUGGAAGGGCCCUGACGGCGUGGUCAAACCCUCGGUCCUGCUCAUCAACGGCAAGUUUCCCGGGCCCACGCUCCGGGGCAACUGGGGCGACACCUUCCAGGUAACGGUCGUCAACAAGCUCCCCAACCAGGGCACAGGCAUUCACUGGCACGGCUUCCGCAUGCUUGAGAACAACAUCAACGAUGGUGUCCCCGGCGUUACCGAGUGCCCGAUCAAGCCCGGCGCGUCCAGCACUUAUACCUUCCGGGCCGAGCAGUACGGCACCUCGUGGUACCACAGCCACUAUUCGUCGCAGUAUGGAAAUGGCGUCUGGGGCUCCGUCGUCGUCUACGGCCCAGCCUCGGCCAACUACGACAUCAACCUUGGCGCGUAUCCCAUUAGCGACUACUACUACCAGACCGUCGAGCAGCUGUACCAGGUUGCUGCCAAGGGCCCGCCUCCUCCCAGCGACAACGUCAUGUUCAAUGGCAAGAACAUCAACCCUGGCGGAAGCGGCGGCGCCUACUCGGUCAUCACCCUGACGCCGGGGAAGAAGCACCUGCUCCGGCUGAUCAACCCCUCUGUCGAGCACAACUUCCAGCUCUCGAUCAACGGCCACUCAAUGAAGGUCAUCGCGACAGACUUUACCCCGGUCAAGCCCAAGAAGGUGCAAAACCUGUUCCUGGGCAUCGGCCAGAGAGCAGACGUCAUCAUCGAGGCGGAUCAAAAGGUCGACAACUACUGGAUGAAUGUGACCCUCCCGGCGGCCAACAGGUGCGGAAGGUCACGCAAUCCUUUCCCGGCAGCCAUAGUGCGGUACAAGGGCGCGCCGAAGAAGACCCCGACGGUUCGGGGAGCAAGCCCGCCAAAUCUGGGCUGCCAGGAUCUGAUCAAUUACGCGCCGGUCGUGAGCAAGAAUGUGCCGCUGGACAAGUUCAAGGCCAACAAGGACAGCGAGCUGCCCAUGGACUUUGUAGUCUCGGCAACAACACACAACAUCCUGUGGAGGAUCGACAAUACGUCGCUGGUCGUCGACUGGAAGAAGCCGAUUGUCGACUACGUGCUGGCGGGGCAGACACAGUUCCCGCCCGCGCUCAACAUUGUCAGGGUGCCGCAGAAGGACGCGUGGACGUACUGGAUCAUCAACAACAACAACCUGCUGGACCACCCGAUCCACCUGCACGGGCACGACUUCUUUGUGCUGGGGGUGUCGGGCAAGAACGCGGGGCCUUUUGUGUAUGCGCGGGACAAGGGCUCGCUGAAGACCCAGAACCCAACCAGGCGGGAUGUGACGAUGGCGCCGGCGAACGGGUGGCUGGUGCUGGCGUUCUUCACCGACAACCCGGGCGCGUGGCUGAUGCACUGCCAUAUCGCGUGGCACAUUGAGGGCGGGAUGGGCAUCAACUUCCUGGAGCAGGCCAACGCGCAGAAGGCCCUCAUAAGCGCCAGCGAGCAGAGCCAGUAUAAGCAACAGUGUCAGCAAUGGAUCGCCUAUGCUCAGGCCACCGGGCUGCAGCAGCCGGGUUCGGGGCUGCGGGAUGGGCAGCAGUAG